CGUUGAGUUCACAUCUAAUGUCGGAAAUCGCAGUUCCCAGUUCCGCAUCUGUCUUUUGAUAAACUUUAUUGAGAAAAUCGACAUCAAGUGGAACAGCAUUAACAUUUUACUUGAUAUACAUAUGUAUGUGUGUAUGUGCUAGUGUAUAUAAUACAAUACGCUUUGCGAGAGUCAAGAGAAUACCUAUGCAAGAAGUGUGCUUAAUGCGACAAAAUGCAGCACGAAGAAAGUGAAAAUAAGUGGAAAAGCAUUGUGAAAAGAAUUUAAGAGAAUAAAAAACGCAUUAAAAAUAUAAAAACGGAGUUUCGUAAAUAUUCAACAACAAAAAUUAGUGAUUUAAAAAGCAAACAUUUUCGUUAUAGACGCAACAACAACAACAGUAGAAUAAGUGACAAUGUGGCUUGCGAAUCAUACUUAUCGACAGCAUUUCAUGCGAAAGCCACAACAACAACACGGACACACGGCCAAAGCUAAAGGCAGCGCAGUGCCCGCCAGGCAGCUUGUCAGCAGUUAAGGCAGCAACAACACAACGCGAACUGCAUUCGAGAGUGAAUUCAAAAAUAAUACAAAUAAUAACAACAAACCAAACAUAGUUUAUGCCGGCAAUUCGAAAAAAUUUUCCAAAGUAAAACGCAGCUUGAACUAUUGUGCAGAGAAGGCAAUUAAAAAACUAAAAUUAAAAUAACAAAAAACAAUUAAAAAGUUGAAGAAGUAAAUUGUAAGACGGGCGCGUUUAAAAUUGACCAAAUUCAAACAAAAACGUCGAUUGUCGCUGGCACAAAGUGAAAUUCGGUGUAUUCUGUGCGUCGCUGUAGAGUUGGUACUAACUCUCCUACGGGCGGACGCCAUGUAUGCGCGAGUAUUGCGCAAAUGGAGUCUACAAACGAAACCGCAAGUAUCUAUGAACAUGUGGCGGCUGCUGCUGCUCACCCUGCUGCUGAUCUGUCUAUACACAACGCCGGUCACAUGCCUUACAACCGCCUACGCCCAACGCCUGCGUGUGAAUCGGAGCACAGCGCCUGCCACCGCGCCACUGAUUGCCACCGCGUCUGCGACUGCCAAUGCGGCGGCAGCACUAACGGCACCUCUACCAACAACAGCAGCAGCAGCACCAGCGGCACCAGCAGUGGCGAGUGCAAGCGCACGCGAAAUCGUAUCAGCAACACAGCCGCUCACGCCUUCAGCAGCAAAAGUAGAAGCCGCCACUGUUGGCGACAUCAUCGAAGAAAGUUUCUACAUACCCGUCGAUGGCGCCGACGCAGAUAGCAACAUCUAUGGCGGCAGCAGCAGCCGUCUAGUGCAAGCGCUAGGCGUUCAUGGUGCAGCGGGCGCAGCAGCAGGUGUAGAUUUAGUGGGGCACAGUGGCAGCAACGACGGGGCGGUCAGCGGCAGCAGCAGCAGCAGCAGUAGGAUAUUUAGCAGUAGUAGUGUAAUGAACAGCGAUAACAGUGGGCGACAGCAACAACAACAUAUAAAACAAGCGCAGCUAUAUAAACAAACCGUUGGUUGGGACGCAACCGAAGCAAAUGCAAACGAUUUGGCCUACGCGUUUUAUCGGCGCCCAGAGCCACAAGCAUUCUACCAAUCAGCGAAAGCUUUACAAGCAGCCACAAGGCCAUCAGCAGUAGGGAUGGCGACACAGGCGCCAACAACAGUAUUUAGACCGCAGUUUAGCGCCCACUACGUGGCGAAUGAUGAACGCGUUGCCAACGAUGGUGAUGAGGAGGAUGAUCAUGAGGAGGAGGAAGAGGAGAGUGAGGAAGAAGAAGCUGAGGAUGUGGAUGAUGAUGUCGAUGGCGACGCCGAUGUGUAUGCGCAUGCAUCGGACGAGGGCGGCGACGACGACUAUGCUCGUCAGCAACAAGAAAAAGUUCCAAAUAAUAAAAAUAGUCACAUAAUUAAUUUAUUUAAACCAUAUAAGCAUAGCAACAUUAACAACUACAAUACCAAUAACAAUCACAACACCAACUCAAAUUUACAUAAAACACAUCCACAGCAACUGCAACAACUCACGCGCAGCAGCGCGGCAACUAUCCAACCAGUACACACAGCGCCCACGAUUAGCGACGCACAAACGUACGCGGCGGGCAAGCGCAGCUACAAGGCGCGACGACAUGUGCCGCUUACAAAUGCACAACAACAGCAACAGCAUGCAUUGCGAUUGCAUGCCGCGCAUGCGCCAAAGAACGCACUCACCAGCACACCGCUGCCCAUCGCCGCGUACCCCACCAAGAAGGUGUACCAGCUGGUGAACGGCAAGAAUUUGACGCGCCUUGUGCAUAUCCUGCCGCCCACCCAUUACCGCUUUACCGCUUAUGAAAUACCCGCGUCACUGCCAUACCGCGGUGAGUUGUCGGAGCAGCAGCGACGCGCGCUGCAGCAACAGCACGAGCAGCAACUGCAGCAAGAUCAGACGGCGCGCUCACGCCGCGAUUCGCGCGUCUUUGGUUUGGCGCAGUCCAUGAGCAGUGGCAUUAACGCUGGCUUCUACAGCAUGCAGCAGGCGCCAGAGCUCACAUUGGCGCAACAAUUGAACGCACAACAACAACACCAGUACCAACGCUUGCAACAAGCAAGCAGCAGCGCUGGUGGCAACAGCUGGCAGCAAAUGAGCGGCAACAUGUACCAACGCCAAACGCUGGAGCAGCAUCGCCAGCAACAACAGCAUAAUCAUCAUAAACACCAACACAACAAGGGCGCGCAAGGCGGUAUGGGCGCGAACAACAACAACCAUCAACGUAAUACGCACAACGGUCAUCAUAGCAACAACAACAAACACAAUCAGCGUCAACGUCAACGCAAGCGACCGCGACGCUAUUGUUCGGCGCGCGAUCCGGCACAGUUGGCGUUCGAGGCGCCCAUCGUGUUCGAGGGUAAAAUCACAUCGAUGUCACCGGACCGCCGACACAACUUUGCCGCCACAGUGCAAGUGCUGAACGCAUACAAACAGCAGAUUGGCUAUCAGGUGAAACGUGAGCAAUUCGUGCGGCUGCAGUUCGAAUAUAUCAAUAGCAGCGGCGAAUGCGACAUCUAUCGCGAGCAGCUGCGACCGCGCGGCCUAGUGCGCGGCGACGAGCUGGAGCUGCAGCGCACCUAUCUAUUCUUUGUGCAACAGAUCGAUAUGCGCAACUUCACCAUACUCGGCCAGCCGAUCAGGAAGACGCGGCGCGUCAUCGAAGCAGUGAAGGAUGCCGUGAGCGAAAAUUAUGCACAGCUCGCAUCGAUACGAAAUAUAACCACCAAUCGGACGAUGGAAAUCGGUAAAGAGUUGCACAUUGUUUGCAAGGUGCAGGGCAGGCCGCCGCCUAAGGUCACCUGGUUCAAGGAUGGCAAAUCGAUUAAUCGCAAUCGGAAAUUAUACAAAUUUCGGCACUUCAAAAUGCGCUCCGAGCUGAUCAUUCGUUCGUUUAACAUCUCCGAUACGGGGCAUUACGAAUGCCGUGCCAAAAAUAAAAUCAAUCAGGAGCCAGCUCGACGCAUCAUAGCAAUCAAAGCGGAUCCAGAGACACGUUCUACAACAAAUCUAGCAGGCGGCACUGGCAAAGUCUGUUCCGAUGAUGCCGCUGAAUUCUGUAUGAAUGGUGGCACCUGUCAUUUCUAUACGGAAAUCAACUCAUUCUCUUGCAUAUGCCCGGAGGGAUUCAUUGGUGAACGCUGCGACCGCAAGGAAGUCAAUAAUUUAUCUCCCAAUUUUUUGUUGCAAUCUACGGCCAAAUACCUACCACAAUUAACUGUAUGAUUUCUGUUGCGUUUUUUUUUGUUUUUUUUUUUUGUUGUUUUACCUUGUUAAGAUUAACGAGUUUUGGCGAUUUCUGUUUAAUUAUAAAGCGAAAUAUUUUGUUUAUUUAAUAACUGCGCUGAAAAAAUUGUGAAAACGUACAUUAGAAGCCAAUAAUAUUGAACUGAAAAUCAACUGCCAGCGCGACGAUUUGUGACGAGUCGCGAAAGCGCUCUCUUGCAUAUAUACAUAUGUAUGUUUGUCAAUAAAUAGUUGUGCAUAGGUCUGAGCAAUAAACCUGAGCAGUGGGUUGAGCCUAGUCAGUUGUGCCGUUGAGAUGAUGUUUACCGCUAUUUUUGCCAACAUAACCAAAAUUAUACAUUUUAACGAAACACGCAUAAGUGUGUAAAUAUAGUAUAAACAUGUGUAUUAUAUAAAAAAAAAUACAUAAAAAAAUUAUAUAAAAAAAAAUUAUCAAAGAAAAAAUUAUAUAAAAAAUAAAAUAUAUAAAAAAAUAAAUUAUAAAAAAAAAUUAUAUAUAAAAAAUAUUUCAUAUACAUAUAUGGUACAACAAGCAUGUUAAUGCCGACAGAACUGCGCACAUCAAACUGAUAACUAAAAACUCCACGUAACCGAACGAUACUUGCGAGCACAAAAUUCAACAAAACAAAAAAAUUGCAAUUUUGAAAUAUUGUUUGAGUUUUUUUCGAAACAUUUGCGCUCACAGUGUAAUGCUGAGCGCCUCGGUUUUGCAGCGUCGUUGCAACCCGCCGACUUAGACAACAGUAUUUAAUCUAAAGGAUUUCUAAACUAAAAGUUUCCUUCCUACUUUUUAAAUAAAUAAAUUUAUGUUAAAUAUUAUUUGAUUUUACUUUUGCUUAAGGCUUUAAAUUUAAUACUGUGUUUUUGUUUUAAUCACGAACAAAGCGCACAUUUUGCAUAUAUUUUCGAAAAUAUAUUAUGUAUUUGCCCGACAGCGUAGCCGUAAAUACAACUAUUGUAAUAAAAGUGUAAAUAUAAAGUAUAAUUUUUUUUUUUAUUUUUAAUUUUUGUCCUAUGUUUAAGAAACAAUCGACUCACACACACGAAUAUUUAAUGAAUAUUUAAAGCAUAUUUAAAGCAAAUAAUUAUAUUUACUAAUCAAGCACAAAAGAAUUUAUUUAGCAACAAAAUUUUGAAAAUGAAAUGUACGCUCCUCGUUGCUGUUGAAAACAAAUGAGCGAGAGAGAGAGAGUCAAUAUUGAACUGAGAAUGAGUAUGAGAGCAGGUUUGCACUUGCUUCUAUUUUAACUGACACAAAAAAAUAUUAAUUACGAUUUUUGCGAAAAACACGUGCGAAAGCGGUUAUACAUACAUAUAUCACGUGAAUUUAACCGGUUUAUAACCGAAACAGUAAUAUGUACACGUUGUUUUAACGAGUUUAUAACCAAAACAGCAAUAUAUUCACGUGAGUUUAACCAGUUCAUAACAUAACCGAUAAAAAAUUAUUCACGUGAUUUUAACCGGUUUAUAACCGAAACAUAACCGAUAAAAAAUUAUGCACAUAAAUUUAACCAGUUUUUUUCCGAUAAAAAAAUUAUUCACGUGUUUUUAACCUGUUCAUAACCGAAACAUAACCGAUAAAAAAUUUUUUAAUGUUUCAAUACUUGAAAAAAGUACGCCAGCUGUCGCGCACUCGACAGUUUAAAUGACGAAAGCAACGAAUACGAAAAAAAUGGCGUGAACCCUUUACACACCCUUUUGCAGUCGACAUGCAAAGGCAUAUACAUAUAUAUUUUGAGUAGAAAUAGAACGGAUACCAAAUAUUAUAAUUUUGUAAUUAAUUUAUUGUAAUUAAUAAAAAGUAAAGCAUAAAAUAAACUUUUGUAAAUUGUUAAUAUGUAGCGCAAAAAAUUAUAGUAAGAAAGCAAAGAGAAAUAUAAUGAUAAAACAUAAAUUAAUACAAAAACAAAACAAAAACAAAAACAAAAAAAACCAAAAGUAAAACUUUAUAAGCAACAUUUCACUAAACCGCAUAAGAAACCGUUACUCAAAUGUCGUUUCUUAAGUUUUGCUUAAGUAUAAACAUAAACUUUUUGUAAAUUAUUAUUCUUUUUAAUUAAUUAACUUGCGUUUAAUUUUAAGUAUAACUAAUUAGCUGUAGUUAGCUUAGGCAAGAAGAAGAAGAAAUUAAAAUUCAUUACUUUAAUAAAAACAAAAACAAAAAAAAACUCUACCGUUUAUAAUGCUGCUAAGCGUGUCUAUAAACAUUAUGAUAAUUAUUUGUAUUUACAUUGUUUAAGUGACUUUACUUCUUUAAUCUUAACAGUCAAGAAACAUGAAUGAUUACGUUUGAAAAAAAUGGUAAUGAUAAUAAAAAUAUAUCGAAAUUCAAAAAUAUUUAAACGAAAA